UACAGUAAUAACCGUGCAGUAAAACUGGAAAUUCUAGAGCGUACUCGAUCGCCUGAAACAUCUUCUACUCAUCGUUCACACUCCGAAAUUCCAUGAAAUUUCCUUGAAAUUUUUCCCAAUAAUAUUUACAAAUCAUAAUCCUGCGAUACAUGUUCGAAGAUCUUCAUAAUCUUCUCAAAAUUUUCAAAUCUAAUUGUGAUUUAAUCAUCAACUAACAGAUCUACGAUCAUAUCGAUCGAUGGCGAAGGAAUUCAACGUCCCGCCGGUGGUAUUCCCGUCCGGCGGGAAUCCAGGUCCGCAGCAAAGACGCCUGCCGACGGCGCCGUUUCAGCCAUCGAAGGCAUCGACGCCGAGCAUCCCGUUCAUGUCCUUCGACAUCGGUUCCGCCGCGGCCUCUACCUCGUUUUCCACUCCUCAGUACGCUUCCGCCACCAUCGGCGGCGGCGGAGGCAGCGGCGGUUCCACAGGGUUCGAGGACGAGCCGCCGCUUCUGGAGGAGCUAGGGAUCAACACCAAGCAAAUCUACCAGAAAACGCUCUCAAUCCUCAAUCCGUUCCGCGUGAAAGCGUACCUUCACGAGGACGCGGAUCUGUCAGGGCCGUGCCUGUUCCUGAUGGCGUUCGGUCUCUUCCAACUCCUCGCCGGAAAGCUCCAUUUCGGGAUCCUUCUAGGCUGGGUGAUCAUGGCUUCUUCGUUCCUGUAUGUCGUCUUCAACAUGCUGGCGGGGCGGAACGGGGACCUGGAUUUGUACAGGUGCGUGAGCUUGAUCGGGUAUUGCAUGCUGCCGAUCGUGAUCUUGUCGGCGAUCUCGCUGUUUUUGCCGGGAGGAAUGGCCAUUAAUGUUGUAGCUGGAGUGUUUGUUUUAUGGUCCACAAGAGUUUGCACUAAGCUCCUGGUUGAACUCGCGUCCUGCGGAGAUGAACACCAUGGUCUCAUUGCUUAUGCCUGCUUCUUGAUUUACAUGUUCUUCUCCUUGCUCGUCAUAUUUUGAUCUCACCUCAACUUUUCAUUCUUGUGUUUUUGCAGCCAUGAAACUAGUUAGGACAUUUGUUAUUCUUUGAAUUGAAGGCUAUGAACAUGGAAUUCAAUUCCUUUAUUAUUAACUGUGUAGUUUGAAUUUUGCAGUCUUAUUCAGAUACAAUUUGAGUGUUGUAUUAGCAGUAUGAUUGUUAACCGACUAAUUUAGAUACAAUCUGGCAUUGCAUUAGCUAUUUGAUUAUUAAGAGACUAAUUCAGAUA